AUGGACUAUGAUGAAAUGGACAUUGAGCCCCAGGGGCCUCAAGUCACAGUCAGAGAGGCUGAACCACAUCGUGUUGACUUCCGUCUCAGCUCCGUCGACCUCGCCUUCGCCAACUCCCUCCGCCGCACCCUCCUCGCCGAAAUCCCCACCGUCGCCAUCGACGUCGUCGAAAUCGAAUCCAAUACCUCCGUUCUCCCCGAUGAAUUCAUCUCUCACCGCCUCGGCCUCAUCCCGCUCAACUCCAAAAAUUGCGACGCCGACAUGGAAUACUCGCGCGACUGCGACUGCGAGGGCGGCUGUGCGCGCUGCGUCGUCACCCUGCAACUGCAAGCGCGCUGCACGGGCGAGGAUAUUAUGAAAGUGUACGCGCGCGAUCUGGUGGUCGUCGGGGAUCGGGCGAAUGAGUGGGUGGGCAACCCGGUUAUCAUGGAUGCGGAAGGAAAAGGUCCUGUGAUUUGCAAGUUGCGCAGGGGCCAGGAGAUUAAAAUGACGUGUAUUGCGAAGAAGGGGAUUGCGAAGGAGCAUGCGAAGUGGGCGCCGACUGCGGCGGUGGGGUUUGAGUAUGAUCCGCAUAACAAUUUAAAGCAUGUGGAUUAUUGGUAUGAAGAGGAUCCGAUUAAGGAAUGGCCCAUCUCUGCAAACGCAGAAUGGGAAACCCCGGCCCAACCUGACAUGCCCUUCGACUAUGACGCGCAGCCCUCCACCUUUUACAUCGAUGUCGAAAGCAUCGGCAACCUUGAACCAGACGCCAUCGUCCAACAGGGUAUCACUGUCCUCCAACGCAAGCUCGCAGAGAUCAUUUCUGCCCUAACCGGCGCGGGAGAUACGGAUCGCAACGGCGCUACGAUGAACGGCAUCGGUGAGGAUGGUGGCCGUAGCCCCGACGCUUACGAGCCACCUGAGGGAAUGGAUGGUGGCUACACAGCUUAUGCGGCUAAUGGUGUUGGCGGGGCUGCUGGAGGUGGGAGUGUUUGGGGUGGUGCGGGCGGCGCGACGCCGUAUGGGGCAACACCCUAUUUCGAGAUAAGACGAGUGGGAUUGAUAUACGAUUACCCCUUGUUAUUUGACUGGUGUUGGCGUGCGAAUGCACAAUUGGGGAUGCCCUUUGACUGGAAGGACUUCAGAAAACUUCAAAAUUUCAGGAAAGUGGGCCUCAGGAUCUGCGUGACAAGAGAAGCGAACAGAGUGACACCAUCAAGAAAGAAAAAUGGACACGGUAGCAAACUGACUGGAAGGGAGGUGUUGGGGACGCCGGAUCGCGUCUGUCUUGAACGGUGUCUGGCUCUACGAAAAGCGAAUCUUCUACUACCAGAGGAAAAGGAAAAAGGAGGAACUGAAUACCAGCAUCUUAAGGUGAUGAGGGGGUAUAAAGGUUCGAAUUUGGCUCCUCGCUGUGGAUGGAUGAAUGGAUGGAUGGACGGGGCAUGA